UCAUCCUUUGAACUCGUGGGCCUUACAACCUUAGGGUUGACCUAGGGAAGCCUGAACAUUGGUGCAAGAAGUCGCCCGGACUCAUGAUCAGUCGCUAGCCCAGGUGACCCGCCCACUGGAACAUGAUUUCACGGAAGACGGCAAAGCAGAAACGUUCACGCGGCAAGGGCAGUGUCGGGGCUCCCUAUUCAACUGAACCAAUCAAAAGAGGCCACGGCCAUAGCAGUUUCGGGUCUCCCCGUUCAGGGGAACCAAUCAUAAGAUGCCACGUGUGUGGUCAGAGCAGUUUCAAGACUCCCCAUUCGCUUCAGCAACAUUUGAAAAGCAAGUCUGACAGAUUCCACAAGGAGAAUCGACCCUAUCCAAAGAAAUGUCGAAGAUGCGGUGAACGCUUUUUGACCAGAGACGGAAUGAUGUUACAUGGCGUCACAUGUCUACAAACUCCGUUUCAGAAGGAUAUCACAGUUGAUUCCGCCAGGCCUGAGGCCGCUGACAGUAAAACUAUUGGACGAGGACACCUUCAAGAGAGCCUGGAACGAUACUUUAGGAACCACGUUGAGAUCGACUCUUCAGAAAUGGAGGAGGCAAAGUCCGUUGCCUGGGAAAUUGCCAAACAUUUUCGGGAAGACCUUAAGAAACGAUCGCAGUUGGAUUUCAUGGACAUCAUUCCCGUUGGUAGUUCGUUCGAUGGUCUAAAGGUGGCGCCCCCUAACGAAUUCGACAUGAUUAUUCCCAUCAAAAUGGACAUACGUAACUGGGAGGUUGUAGACGGAAGGAAUGCAGUGCUUGGCGGGGUUUCCAUGGACGCACCUGGGUUCUAUCUGGUACGGAAGGUCACGAGUAGGACAUUCCCGAAACGUGUGCUCGAUUCACGCAAGCGCAAGGAACUCGAACGUGAAAAGAACCACCUCGAUUGGCUAGAUCAACAUUUUGUCAAAAAAGAAGACAACCGGGACUACUUUAAGCCUGGGUAUCUGCUCCGUGAUCUGCAGAAAAUUGUCCAUAGGUCCAUUCGUAGUCUGAAAAAGGUUAGUCCAGAGAAGGCUAAGAUCAAGAAGGUAAGUGGGGGUGUAAACGGGCCUGCCAUGAAGCUGACGGUCGUGUUCAUACCGACCACGGGAAAGAACCUGAAAGAAUUCACCUUGGAUUUCGUCCUUGAAGUCAGAGUGGGCGGUACUAAAUUGGUUGCUAAGCGACACCCUUCAAUCACGCAAGAUGAUUUCCUUCACGACGAUCCCAUGACGUUGCUUUGGCAGGAAUCGUGGGCGGAACCGGAAUCGAUUAAGAUUCGCGAGAUCUCGGACGAGGAGCAUGGGACGUGUCGUAAAAAGUGCUGGCGCCUGUUCAAAGGGCUUUGCUUGAGAAAUAGACACCUCAGUAGUCUCUGUAGUUAUUUCUAUAAGACACUCUUCCUUAACUUUUUGGAAGAGAGGCAAGAUUUGGAGGACUGGGCCGCCGAUAAGUUAGUCGAUCGAUUCUUAGAUGCAUUUUCGUACAUGGAGGAAGUACUAGAGCGAAAAUGGUUGCCUGUGUUUUUCUUGCGUAACCAUGGUGACGUCAACAUGCUGUUGCCAAGGUACAAAGAAAUGAUGGUGGAAAACAUCUACUAUUUCGUCCGGAAAAUGAAUGCGGAUAGCUCGCACAUGCAGCUGCUUCACCUCAGCCAAUCAAACAUCAGUAAAUCAGAACAGCCAAAGUCAAAGGUUAAGAUCCCACGGAAGGCCAGGUCAAGGUCAUUUGUGCAAAAUCCUGCGCGGGCAUCUGGUUCUCUAGGUUAUUUAGGAAGGAAGGGUCCUGCCAGACGAUACUUUGAGGAAUCUGAUUCUGACGAGGAUUCUGACCUUGACCUUGACCGACAUUUUAAGUUCAGGAGGUUGCAGCUACACGAGAAUCGGCCCUCUUCUUCUUCGUCUUCUUUUUGACAACAGAUACACAACCAGUUGAUAAGAAUAUUCCUGUAAAGGGGUGCGAGAUCAGAUGACAAUAGAAGACAAUAUUUUAGAUAUGAAUUUAUUGCUGUUUAAGUUACCGGUACAUGUAUCUUUCUGGUCACCCCCCCCCCCCCGCAGCAACCGCUCUCGGCGUUCCGUAGUGUAGCUUUAGUGACGGGGCGAAACCCCGGGGUCGAACACACCCAUAACCACACA